AUGGGCGAACAGCCCAACCCUUGGAACCAACUUCAGCUCCAGGAUACGGCAAGCCGACAUCGAGGUAUCAAACCUCCUCGUCGAUGUGAACUCUUGGAGGAGAUGAACCUGUUAUCCCCGGGGAGGCGACCGCCCCAGUCAAACUACCCAUCUGACACUGUUCCCUUGCGAGUAGCUAAGGUAACGGUGGGAGUUAGUGCAAAACCAAAAAGUGCCAAUUUUUUGCCUUUGGUCGUUGAUUUUCAGGAAAAUCUUUAUGCUCGUGGAAAAAUUCCGGGUUCUUUUUUUCGGCGUGAGGGAAAACCAUCUGAUUUUUCUGUUCUUUCGGCGCGCAUUAUUGAUCGUUCAAUUCGAAAUUUAUUUCCUAAAAAUUUUCGUCACGAAAUUCAAGUAAUUGCUCAUCCUUUAAGCGUGGACCAAUCAAUCGAUAUUCGUGUAGUAGCGAUGUUGGUUUUUAUGCUUCGCGGAGUCUCGCGGCGAGAAGUAGGGCAUGGAUUUUUAGGAGAAAAAGCGCUGAAGCAAAUUAUGCCGAGAGUUGAAGAAUUUCCUUAUACCAUUCGAAUUAUGUCGGAAGUUAUGAGUUCCAAUGGUUCAACCUCACAGGCGGCGAUUUGUUCGGCUGUCUUAGCAUUGAAAGCCGCGGGAGUUCCAAUUAAAACCACAAUUGCCGGCGUCGCAAUGGGCUUAAUAAAAGAAAAUAAAGAAUAUCAUUUAUUGUCGGAUAUUCAAGCAUGAGAAGAUUUUUAUGGAGAUAUGGAUUUUAAAGUCUCCGACGAACAGAAACAAAACGAUGAUUGA